GAUUUUGGGCGCAUAUUUAGGUCGUCUAGGCCGAACCGGUGUUGAGUUUAGUUUAUCUUGGACUUCGUUGGCUAGAUUCUUGUUAUCCAACAUUUACACCUUUAUAAUAUGGAGAAGGGUCAGACGUUUCGUAAACAGAAUAAAGAAAAAUUGCAAAAAGAAAGUCACAGUGAAAUCGAAAGGAAACGUCGUGAACGAAUGAAAUUAGAAACAGAAUUUCUACACCGUCAAGUACCACAUUCACAAUGUAAAGAUAAAUUAUCCAUUUUUCUUGCUGGAGCCGAACGACUUAUUCAUUAUAACAAUAAAUUAGGAAAAAGGGAAUAUAUCAUCAAUGAUGAAGAGUAUUCGCGAAUUGUUAUCAAUACUAUUAAUGGAUUUGGUAUACAUGUCAAAUGUUCCAGUGGUGAAAUAUUGUAUGAAGAAAACUCUGAAAAAGUACUUGAUAUUCCUCAAAGCAGUUUUCUAGGCAAAACAAUUUAUGAUUUAGCUGAACCAAGUGUUAAUACAAAAAGAAUUAUCACUGAUAGCCUCAUGUUUUAUGGUUCAGAGAUGCAACAAGCAAGAGAUGGACACCUCGUUUCACGAAAUUUCAUCAUUGCCAUGCGUUGCGGAUCUGGUAUUCCAGUAAAAAAUUGUAUACGUGGUUCUGAUGGUCAACUGUAUCGAUUUAUAGAAUUCUGUGGGGAUAUUGUUUAUCAAAAUGAUAAUGAUUGUUCCGAAGCUUAUUAUUUAUUCCGUGGUGUCUGUCGCCCUUUGGAUAUAGCCUGUCCAACUGUUCCCGAUAAUUCAUUUGACAAACCCACGUCACCUAAUAAAACUAUCAGUUCUGAUCAUGUUACUUUACGCAUUGGAGUGAAUACUUUGUCAAUAACAGAAGUUGUUGGAAAUUCACUGUCAAUACUUGGUUGGGAUGCUAAAGAUUUGUUGGACAAACAUGUUGAAGAAUUUGUUACCAUUCCUGAACAAAAUAUUGUCACACACGCAAUACAAGAAACUGUUAAAAAUGGCUUAUCUACAAUAUUUAUUAAUUGGUUAAACCAUGGGAAAACAAAGUCAGUGUACUUGAAAGCUGUGUUUACAGCCAUCCAAUUGAAUACCUUUCUUUACUGUAUUAUCUGCAAGCUAUAUUCAACUGAAUUUCCUGCGUUAACUCAAUCCAAACCAGAACCACAGACACCGGUUUUCAAAUCACGAGAGUACUCAGAAUUACAAGUAACUAAUAACGAAACAAUUGCUCCAUUUGACUGGAACGAUUCAUUUAACUACAACACUACAACUAAAAUGAAAUCAACUGAAUUUUCAAUGGGAUCAUGUCAGCAUACAACUAACAACAGCAUUAACAAUACACCAAUCUGUAGACCUGAUACACUAAACGUUACAGAUGAACAUCAUAUUGAUCUAGCGAAAACCGAUGGGGAUGGACAUUUUCAUGCUUUGGAUAUUCCAUACAGAUCUAUGCAGGAAACAAAUGGACAAUGUUCAGUAACUAGUAUAUCCAAUAAAAAUGACACAACGCAUAUUGCUCCAUCUACAUGUACUUAUGGUGAACAUUUUGAAACACUUCAACAUCCUAUUUUCGCUCUUGAUGCAGAUGACAUGGUUUCUGUUGAAGCUAAUCAAACAAGUGACUCCAAAUACUUGCCAGAUAAUACAAAUGACUUAAAGUACAAUAAUAACGAUGGACAAGAUUGGCGCCAACUUCCAUUGAAUACUAGUUUCAGUAGUAUGUUUUCUGAAAGUGGACUACCUGAAUUAUUCAGUUCUGAUUAUAUAAAAGAUUUGAUUGAAGAAGAUGUAACCGACCUGUGAUAUGUUUUUUUUGUUUCAAUAGUUUCAAAACCUUUACUACCUAUGAAGUAUGUGCAAUCAUCCUUUUUUUAAUUUUAAAACUUGAUUAGAGAACAAUUAUUAUUUUUCAAACGACUGAUUUCACUGACUGCAUAAUUAUCCUCUGUACAACAUACAAAAAAUAUUCUUGUGAAGUGAAAAUUCUUGAUUUCCUAAUAUAUUUUGUAUU